AAUCUCUUCUCAACAUCUCUCUCUCUUCUCUCUCUCUAAGAUCUUCAGUGGUAACGUAACCUCAUCGUCGUCCUCGAAUUCAAUCAAGGAGCUAAUAAUAAGGCAUUCGAUUUCGAGAAAAAUGAGAAGAAACUGCAACCUGGAACUUAGCCUUUCGCCUUCUUCUUCUUCUUCUGGUCCUUCCAUUUCCCAGGAGGAUUAUAACGCCGUUCAACAACUUCCGACGUCCGACCACUCUUCGGAGGAGAGCCGCCGGCAACAGCAGCAACUCACGAUUUUCUACGACGGCAAAAUCGUUUCUUCUGACGUCACGGAGAUUCAGGCUAGAGCCAUCAUAUUACUUGCGAGUCAAGAAAGAACGAAGAAGACGACAAGAUCAUUAGCUUCUUCGCCAUUAUUGUUGCAGAAGCAACUAUACAGUCCAAAUGCUCUUUCUAUGAAGGGAUCUCUGCAAAGGUUCCUCCAGAAGAGAAAGAACAGAGUGCAAUCAACAUCUCCUUAUCAUCGUUGAUUUAUUUAAUUAAUUCCUGAUUAAUUAGCGUAUGUACUUUAAUCAGAUCGAGAUGUCCAACUCUAUAUAUAUCCUUUGUUAAUGAUGACCUUGCUUGAACCUCUUUUUGAGGAGUUUUAUGAUGACCACAGCUGAGAAUUUAAUGAUUAAGGUUAAUUAUUCCUUGUAUUAUACACAGUUUGAGAUUCAUGUUUUCUUAAUUCUUUCAAAUCUAUAUUUGUCACAGCUA